CGUCGGGAUGCAGAAGAGGGAGUUUCUGGAAGGAAUCACGUUAAUCUUGGCAUCGCAAUACCCUAAUUUUUCUUCCUUUGUUUUCUUUUCUCGUUAUUCACCGUGCAAGUGCUCCCGGGCCGUCUCCUCCCCGGCAUGUCAGUCACUGGGGAUUGCCUCCUCACAAAACACGUUUGCCAAACACAAGAGUCACGGGCGUUGUCAGGCAUCACCUUAAACUAAAUCCUUCAGUGGUAAAAAUAGCGCUUUUUUUCUGUUAAAUUCCUCUGAAAUGUGUCUGCAGGUGGGGCAAGCUUAGGAAGGAUCAUGCAUGAAGUCCACAGAAAAGCAUCCGAGCAGAAGUUAAUGAGAAAGAGACAAACGAAGACAGGGGCAUGACAACGUAAUUGGGUGAGAGAUGUUUCGGGUGGCCCUGAUGAAGGGGUGUCUCCUCUGGAAGAUGCAGGCUGUGGUCCUGAACUGUAUAUAAGAUGGCUGAGAGCUGACCGGCUCCAGACUGCGCUCCUGAACCUCAGCGCUCCUACUCCUCACCCAGACGGCCUCAGUUUUGCAGGGACAUGGCCCAGUUCCAGGAAAACAUCAAUGGCAUCGUUGCUGCUUUCUACGUGUGCGCCAGAAGUGAUGGCAACUGCAGCCCCCUGAGCAGGGAGGAGCUGAGGCAGCUCGUUGAGCAGGAGUUUGCCGAUGCGAUAGAGAACCCCCAAGACCCCAAAACCAUCAAGAAGGUGCUGUGCUUCCUGGAUGAUGACAGCAACUGCAGGGUUGACUUCAGCGAGUUGCUCAGCCUGGUUUUCCGCAUGGCCAAGGCUUGUUACAAGCCACUCCAGCAGCACCAGGCGCCAGAAGAUGGUCAAGAGCCAAGAGCGCAAGAGAAGGCAGGUGGGGAGCAGCUGUCGGGGCCACGUGCAGCAGGGAGGGUCUCAAGCAACCAGCAGGUCCCUGAGCAGGGUGUGAACAAUCAGGUCCAGGACACUGAGACACAGGACCAGGACAACCAUCAAACCCGGGAGGGUGAGACACCAGAGCAGGACCAGGACAGCCAUCAAACCCGGGAGGGUGAGACACCAGAGCAGGACCAGGACAGCCAUCAGGAUGACGGCACUGAAGCAUCAGAAGGGGAUCCAGAGAGAGAUGAGAUACUGGACACUGCAACCUCAGAGCAGAACAGAAAUACCCAUAAGGCUGAAGAGACUGAGACACCAAAACAGGACCCAAAAACCCAGGAGGCCCAAGAAACAGAGGCAGCAGGGCAGGGUUCAAACCACCAUCAGAGCCCAGAGACUGAGUCAGCACAGCAGGACCUCAAUUGUCCCUCUGAGACCCAAGAAAAAGACCCAAACAAGACGACCCAGGUCUGUGAGGCCCCUCAGCAGGACCCCAACCCUGGCAAGACCCAGAAGCUGCUGCGCCCACAGCGGGGUGUAAACCCCCGUCGGGAUCUCAAGCCCUGGGGAACGUGCCAUGACCCAGCUUGCCAUCAGCUCCCUGAACCCAAGGGGCUGGAGCUGGAGCACAGCGGGACAGAGGCUCCGUCUUGUCCAGCACAACAGCAACAAGAGGCUCAUCACCAAAACCAACCCCCUAUAGAGCAGCAGCUCCUGCAGACUCUGUAUCAGUGGCCACCACAGCAGUAAAGGCUGAAACAAGCCCCCAUCCAAGUGAGGCUUUUGCCCCCUGCAAGGAGGUAGAUUUUGUCCAGUCCCACUCUGGUUUUGCAUUUCUAUUUGUCCUGUCUUGUCUGAUUCCUUAUUAUCUCUGGGCUUCACACCCCCCUGGCUUGUACUGAGCUACGCAUGACUAGAGCCCUUCCCUUCUUACUGCUCCUCUGCCUCUGCCCGUGUAAGCAAAGCAAUAAAA